UACUGUUAAUAAUUCCUCCACCCGCCUCCCACGCCCCCGAAUAUGAAGUGUCUUGAUUAACAUCACCGGCGGUCAUCUCCGGCAAACUCCUCCUUCUCUGUAAACAAAGAAUGGAUCAAUCCUUUCUACUAAUGCUUACAAAUCUCCUUCAUCUCCACAACCACCUUGACCCCACCACUUCUCUCCUCUCCGAUUCACCCACCUCCCCUACUACCCUCCUCACCUCUACUUCCCCCGCCCCUCUCCUCUUCUUCACCAUCGCUUCAGUUCUCUCCUACCUCUCCACCCACCCCCCCAAGAAAACCCCCAAAACAAACAACAAUAAUAACCCUUCUUCCCCACCCCCCACCAACCCCGAAUUCUCCGUUUCAGCUUUCCGUGCACUUUCCACUGAACACAUCUGGGCUAUGGAGGCACCUCUUCGUGACGCUCAAUGGCGUUCCCUUUACGGACUUUCAUAUCCCGUUUUCACCACUGUUGUUGAUAAGCUCAAACCCUACAUUACUCAGUCUCAACUCUCCUUACCUUCUGAUUACGCAGUUGCUAUGGUUCUUUCUAGACUCUUCCAUGGGUUCUCUGCUAAAACCCUAGCUACCCGUUACGGCCUUGAGCCUUAUCUGAUCUCCAAGAUUACUAACAUGGUCACCCGUUUGUUGGCUACGAAGCUUUACCCUGAGUUUAUUAAGAUCCCUGUGAGUCGAAGGCGGCUUGUUGAGACUACUCAAGGGUUUCAGGAGUUGACUUCGUUGCCUAAUAUAUGUGGAGCUAUUGAUGGAACGGCUGUGAAGUUGCAGCAUCUUUCAUCGGAUACUGUUAAUUCGUCUAUGUAUUAUAGUCGGUAUGGGUUUCCGUCUGUGUUGCUUCAGGUUGUUGCUGAUCAUAAGAAGUUAUUUUGGGAUGUUUGUGUGAAAGCCCCAGGCGGAUUUGAUGAUGCUACGCAUUUUAGAGAUAGUUUGUUGUAUAAUAGGUUGAUUUCUGGUGAUAUUGUUUGGGAUAAAGGGAUUAAUGUUAGAGGACAACAUGUGAGGCCGUAUAUUGUUGGGGACUGGUGUUUUCCGUUGUUGUCGUUUUUGCUCACUCCGUUUUCGGGGAAUAGGACUGGUUCACCUGCUGAGAAUGCCUAUGAUGAGGCCUUGUUGAAGGGGAGGAAAAUGGUUGAGGAAGCUAUAGGUUUGUUGAAAGGAAGGUGGAAAAUUCUUCAGAAUUUGAAUGUGGGACUAAGUCAUGCACCACAAACGAUCGUUGCUUGUUGUGUGUUGCAUAACUUGUGUCAGAUUGCGAGGGAGCCCGAGCCAGAGCUUUGGAGAGAGCCAGAAGAAAAUGGAUCCCCUCCAAGAGUGUUGGAAAAUGAGAAGUCUUUCUAUUAUUAUGGUGGAAGCGUGAGACAGGCCUUGGCUGAUGAUCUAUAUCAACGGCUCUCUUCAAGAUAGAGAGAAGUUACCAGAAGGAAGGGAAAUCUUCUGAUGCUUGAUUUGAUGUAAGGAUAAUUUUACUUUUAAUUUUAGUUUUUGGUUCAUGCUUAGCUGAUAUUGCUCUUUGACAAGGGGUAGCAAUGUACUGAAUAUUGCCUGUAGUCUAGUUGGUAACCUCAAAUGUACCUCAACAUUGACAAUAGAUUGCUUCCAUUGUGGAAUAAUUUUGCUGCUUCCUAA